GAGUUGCCGAGACGUAAAAAUAUCUCCCGCUCUCUGCUCUCUCUCUCUCUCCCGUACUUCAGGAGCCCCAUUUCGCGAAUCGAAGAAGAAGCAGCAGCAGCAGCAGAAGAUUCUGAUGGAUUUUGCGAUGAACGGUUUGAGCAGUAGCUACUGUUUGAGCUCCUGCAGAAUUCUAAACCACAAGCCUUGCCGAAACAGCUCUAAUGGGAAUCGUAGCGCUACGGUCAAAAUGGUUAGGAGAUCUUCAGUACCUACGAAGCAUCAUCAAGAUAGUGCUCGUUCUUCUGGAGCUAGUGGUCUCACCAAGUUCGAGAAGAAGACAUUUCUCUGUUCCAUCACAGUGGCAAAUUUGAUUGCAGUAGACGUGGCAAAGGCAUUGAGCACUGAGAAUGUAAUGAAUUAUUUUGCUUCGGGUCAGGAAGUGGCUGCUCCAUUUUGUACGAUAGCUGAUGGAAAUCUUGGAGAUUGGUUUGGAGGCUUCCUUUAUUCAGCUGGACAACAGGCCAAUGAAGCUGUUCAAGAUCAGCUUUCUGCACUCAGUUUUACUAGUUUGGCAGUUAUAUUUGGGGCAGGGCUUGUGACCAGCCUCUCACCAUGUACAUUGAGUGUAUUACCACUGACUCUCGGUUACAUAGGAGCAUUUGGUUCCGGAAAAAGCAGGACAGAGGUCAUUGGGGAUUCAAUUGCAUUUGCGUUAGGACUAGCUACGACGCUGGCGCUUCUCGGAGUUGGUGCCUCAUUUGCUGGAAAGGCAUAUGGCCAGAUAGGGCAGGGAUUACCCCUGGCUGCUUCUGCUCUAGCUGUUAUUAUGGGUCUAAAUCUCCUUGAGAUAAUCGAGUUUCAGCUUCCGUCAUUCUUCAACAAUUUUGAUCCCCGUGCUGUUGCUGCCAAUUUCCCAUCAAGUGUGCAAGCAUAUUUAGCGGGGCUUACGUUUGCAUUAGCAGCUUCUCCUUGCAGUACACCUGUUCUUGCCACUCUUUUGGGAUAUGUUGCUGCAUCUAAGGAUCCGGUAAUUGGGGGAAGUUUACUUCUAACAUAUACAACUGGUUAUGUGGCUCCUUUACUUCUUGCUGCUUCUUUUGCCGGAGCAUUGCAGAGCCUGCUUUCAUUCCGCAAGUUCUCGGCAUGGAUCAAUCCCGUGAGUGGUGCACUUCUCUUGGGAGGGGGCAUUUACACAUUUCUAGAUAGGCUUUUCCCGCCAACAAUGGCAAUGUAGACAGUAAAUAAUUGUCAUGAACGGGUAAAAAGGAUGUAAUGACAAAUGAUUGCCGUUUUCACUGCUUUUGAUUCUUUUGUGCUUUGUUUGUAAAAUUGAUUUCCCCUUCUGUUCCAUUAAUAGUUCUCAGGAUAGACAAUUGAGGAACAUCUCUUCGAUAUGAUUUGCGCUCGCUGUGACACUCAGGGACCUGCUUUCUGCCCUCUUCCUAUCUUUUGUUUUUUUGUUUUUUUGUUUUUUGUACUUGAGUAUUGCAAUUAAGACUUGAAUGAUGUCAAUGUCCUUAGUUUUCCGGCAAUAA